AUGGAUCCAAUUCCAGUCCAAGAAAUGGAUUCUUCAAUCACUGAAAUCAACAGUUUUGCUAUCAGUACUCCUCAAAACCCUAACUCAAUGGUGGGAUCACCUUCUGGUUCUUCAUCCUCCAUCUCUCCAUCGUCGACUACCCUAAGUCGAUACGAGAACCAGAAGCGUCGAGAUUGGAACACUUUUGGGCAGUACUUAAGGAACCACCGCCCGCCGCUGUCCCUUUCCCGGUGCAGUGGCGCACAUGUUCUUGAAUUUCUCAGGUACUUAGAUCAGUUUGGGAAAACUAAAGUCCACACUCAGCUUUGCCCCUUCUAUGGCCACCCGAACCCACCUGCGCCAUGCCCGUGUCCCCUGCGCCAAGCUUGGGGCAGCCUCGACGCCUUAAUCGGCCGCCUUAGGGCGGCUUACGAAGAAAAUGGAGGCAAGCCUGAAACAAACCCUUUUGGUGCUCGAGCAGUUAGGCUUUACUUGCGUGAAGUUCGAGACUCUCAGUCAAAAGCUCGGGGAAUCAGCUACGAAAAGAAAAAGAGGAAGCGACCACCACCACAACAGCAGCAACAGCAGCCGGCGCCACCACCAAAUCAAAUCUAG